AUGGCUCGAGUCUCAGCAUCGGGCUUUCGGGGUAUCGGGCCUUCGGGGGGGGGGGGGGGGGCCGAAGCUGGCGAUCAUCACCAAGCUUCUCACUCAGGCUCAGCGUCACUCACCACUGACCUUCGGCACAUCGACUUAUUACAUAUUCGCCACAGACCAUCAAGCACUCAUCUGAGCAGUUCCCCCUUCCGUUUGGCCUUCCUAUCCCUCGUGGCCCGUCGCUCUGCCCCCCUCAUGGAAACCGACUUUCAACCGUCUGUUCAACAGCUCGAAGCUAUUCUUCAAGAUCCAAAAGAUUCUUACACAUUCGUAUCAACCCAUGGAAAGAACCCUCAAAUAUUGCCCUACCUGGUUCAAAUACUCACCGAACCAACCUAUGAAACCAACAGCCCACUCAGGACCCAAGCGGCUAUCCUGAUUCGCAAUGCCCUCGAUAGCUGGUACCGAAAACUGAGUCCGAUACAAAUCGAGAAUUCAGCCAAGGUCCAACUUGGUACAACCCUAAUCGAAAACGUCUUGGCCAAAGGCGAAAGAGACUCGGUCGUACGGAAGCAAGUGACCCUAUGCGUAGGCAAGAUCGGAAAAUCAAACCUCGACGCCAACCUUUCGAACUUAUUUGAAGAUCUGACGCUUCAUAUCCGAAACGUGCUCGGCUCGACUGAUUGGUCUAGAGAUCCAUCAAAUUUUUACAUCCUGAAUGGAUGCCUGGGCGGCUUUUAUCAAAUCAUCCAAAACUUGAUCAGCAAUCGUUCAACCCGAGGCCAACUUCUUCUUCGGGAGGUUGCUUCCACUCAUUUCUCGCACAUCCAUCACGUCUAUUCUACGGCCUUUUCAAUGUGGAUCACCGUACUUUCUCAGCAAACCACCUUGAACCUCUCCAGCGUGUUUCACUCCCAGCCGGUCAUCGAACUAUCUAGGAUCUGUCUGAAGAUUCUGUGUCAGAUGAGUACGUAUGCAUGGAAAGAGCCGCAUAAACAGGAGCUCCCCACGAACUUCCUUCAUCAAUCCGUUGGUCAAUGGGUUCAAAUCUUGAAUAUCCGACAAAAUCUUACGGGAAUGAUUUCGAGUCACAAAAGUAUUUUGAAUAAUCCAUCAUCACUUCAACAGAUCAAAUCGUUCUUCGAUCUACUACACAAACACCUUUUCAAGUUUGGUAAACUGCUGAUUCAAAUAUUGGAUCAAGAUCCUAACUACCUCCACGCCUCCGAAUUCUCAAACCAACUCAAACAAACUGUCUGGCAAAUGGUCGAACAGGGCAGUGCACUUCUCCCACAAAACUCUGAUUCACAGCCAGCAAGCUUGGCGCCUUAUCCUGAACGGAUUAUCAUACAAUCUCUCCGAAUCAUGAGUUUAUGGAUGACCAAUCGGCAGCAAAGUAGCUCUAAUCUCACCUCUAGUCAGUCUACGGAGUUGGCGGUGACGAUCCUUCAGAGGCUAUUGAAGUUGCAGCCUCACUCGCUGCAAUUCUGGAAUGAAGAUUCGGAAGCUUAUGAUAACGAGGAAGAUUGCUCCCUGGAAAAUAGGUCCUUCGAUGUUCGCUCAUGCUCUGCAAACGUGUUGACCGGCCUAUUGUGUUGUUAUCCCCAAGAUAUUUCGACUGUCAUCUUGCAGUUAUAUUCGAAUUUGCACUCCCAAGAUCCAAACGAGUUAACAACUUUAGUUCAGUAUGAGUCGAUCUUUUUUGGAAUCGGCUUGGCCGCUCAUCAUUUUGCACUAGCAUCCUCCGGCUUUAACUUAGACGACUGGAUAACUCAUAAGUUCAUGCCAGUAUUGUGCCAAACUGAAAUUAGAGGAGCGAUUCUCAGACGGCGGAUCGCUUGGGUCCUUGGCCAAUUUGCGAAGCAAGAUUUGGAUCGAAAGCUUCAAAGCAGUAUCUAUGCAGCACUUAGCUGUCUCUUAGAAAAUCCUAACAACGAUAUUGCAGUCAAGCUAGCGACUUGCAGAGCGCUAAAAGCCACGGCCAAUUGGGAAGCCGUUGAAUCUGAACCCGAUACUAUCAUUCCUCAUGUUGAAAUAUUCAUCAAACAAAUUUCUGGAUUGCUAAGCUGCGUUGAAAACCUCGAAAGUCAAAAGGUCUUGACCGAAACUUUACGGCUUGUGAUAGAGAAAGCUCGCCUAAAUAUUACUCCUUAUUCCCUAGAGCUAGCCAACAUAUUGGCUCGUCUUUGGCAAGAAGUCAGUGAAAGUCCGAGUAAGAACAAUAUUGGCAACCAUCUACAUAAUGCCAUCAUGGUGACAAUGUCUGCCUUAGUUGAAGCCAUUGGACCGGCUUCUGAAGAAUACCAUCCCACCAUCAUAGUGUUUGUUGAACACUCAAUCAACCCAAAUAAUCCUUCCUCGAUCUACCUCAAAGAAGAUGGAUUAAUCCUCUGGCUAGCGAUGGCAAGACAGACAGAGACCCUCACACCCAGUCUUACCAAACUGCUAUUCGCCUUGGCCUCCUUAACACAAGACGCGAGUGAUACGUUAGGUAUUCUGCUCAAAAUUUUGCAAUCGUACCUUCUUCUCGAUUGCCAAUUGGUCUUGAGCACUAUCGGGAGUUUAUUAUCCCAAACGUUCUGCCAGUUGAUGAGUAUGCCGAUGGGCUUGGCCCCCACCAAGACAAUUUUGCAAUCGGUAGAAUGUCUUGUCAAGUGCGCAACCCCGUCAGUUUGGCAAGGUUGGUUUGAAGAAUCGGACUGUUUCCUGCAAUUGAUGCAAAGAUCUACCUCGACAGAUGACCAAGUACUUUUAGUCGUCAAACAUCUCCUGACAGUUUGUCGAAUCAUUGUGACCGACGUCCAAAGUUUUUUCAACUCGAUCGGAUUCUUGAAUAGCAAGGGUAUAUCACCGACAGAUGUUCUGUCGAGUUUUUGCCUUACAUGCCUAGAUAAAAUCGAUAAUGUCGGUACAGCACAAGAAAGAAAAUUGAUCGCUGCAGCUUUGGCCUGCCUAGUCACACUGCCCAACCCGAUCGUCAUAUCAAACCUGGGCGCAUUUGUUUCAAUCUGGUCGAGCGUGUUGGCCGAAGGUGAUGAGAUCCUGAAUCCAAAAACCAAUACAUACAGUUAUGCUCAUGAGACCGAGGAAGUUGACGAGUAUCAGUUUAUCGAGGCUGGUGCCGAAGGAAAGCGGCUUGAGCAACUACUGAGCCGAGAUCCAGUUAGAACGAACACACUGGAUCGGAUCAUUUCAGAAAAAAUUGCCCUCGGCGGGCAGCCUAUCUUGACAGCUUUGAAUACCUUAGACAAUCUUCUCAUCAAUGAGCUCCAGCAGAGGUUAACGGGAAGUUUGAAAGGUUGA